AUGGUUCGCAAGAUUUGCUGUGCUGCUGCCACGAUAGCUCUCUCCGUUGCGCUGAGAAGGCAGCAAGCUCAGGAAGAGGAACUGGGAAUCAGCCGCCCGGUGCCCCUGCCCAGUGCCCCUGAAGUAUUCGUUAAGAAGAACAGUGGUGGCAGCUCUUGUGCCUUGUUGGAAAACGGCAGCCCUACGCACCCGACAAGUACAGCCAUGACAUCAGCUAGCGCACCGUCAGAGGGACAGAUGCUCAUUCAGGACAUCCCUUCCGUCCCCAGCAGAGGGCACUUGGAGAGCACGUCUGAUUUGGUUGUGGACUCCACCUACUACAGCAGUUUUUACCAGCCGCCCCUGUAUCCUUAUUGUAACAACCUGUACAACUACUCCCAGUACCAAAUGGCAGUGGCCAGUGAGCCUUCCUCAAGUGAGACAGCGAGUAUGAUUGUAGGGUCGGCCAUGAAGAACAAUCUUCGAAGCCUCCCAGCGGCAUACAUGCCAAACCAGUUGGGAAAACAGUGGCAGGUGAAGGGCAUGGAGGGCCGCCACGCUGUCAGCUCCCAGUACCGCGUGUGCUCCUACUACCCACCCGCUUCCUACCUGGGACAGGGGGUCAGCGCUCCCACGUGCCUCCCCCAAAUCCUGACUUCCGAGGACAUACCCUCCUACUCGGAGUCGAAAGCAAGAGUGUUCUCGCCGCCCAACAGCCAGGACUCCGGCCUGGGGUGCCUGUCCAGCAGCGAGAGCACCAAGGGGGACCUGGAGUGCGAGCCCCCCCCGGAGCCCGGCGCCUUCGCGGUGAGCCCCGUCCUGGAGACCCGUGAGUAG